AAAUCGCGACUUGUUUUGCCAACUAGACAUAGUCCUGUCACAGUUGCAAAAUAAUGCAAUUUUCAUACUGUUUACUCAGAUUUAAUCUUUACAACUUCACUUAAAAUCGUUCUCAGUGAUAUGUGACGUCGGUAAGAGAAACUAAACAUGUCGUGGCUCAAUUUAAACCAGAGUUUGAACAGUUUGAAAGGGCAGAUUACGAACUUUGCUUCCGAGGUGUUAUCUGAAGUGCCUGGACAGGAUACUGAGGAUAAUGCAGCUGCAACGGAGACUUCUGUAAAGGAACUUGAGGAGAAAUGCCACAACCAGGAGCUCGAGAUCGCGUCUCUGAAGAGUCUUACAGCAGAACUUGAAGCCACAUUGCAAUCUGAGAGAUUCAACCGAAAAAAUGGAGUCAAAGAAAAAGAAGAAGAAUCCAGUUGGUACUGGGAUCCUCCGCCGCAGCCUGUUCGAACAGACGCGGAUAUCGAAAAUGUGUACAAAACACAGAUUAAAGAACUACAAGAGGAAAUAUCCACCUUAAAAGAACGCUACGAUAUAGACCCGAGACAAGACAAUGACGACGAACUUGAGAAACUAAGGGAAGAAAACAAAAACCUAACGACAAAUCUAGAAGAUUUGGACUCACAACAUCAACUAGCUAUGGAGAGACUUUUAAGCUUAAAGAAAGAGUUGCAAAAGAAUUUUGAGGUUUUAAGGCAAGAGCAUGAAGAUCUAAAAUAUAACAACGAUGAAUACGCGAAUGAAAUUAAAGAUCUGCAAGCUAAAAUAGCAGAGAAGGAUAAAGAUUUGGAAACUUUGAAGACGGCUAAGGCAGAUUACGAUACGUUGCAUCAUAAAUAUAUGAAUUUAGAAAGGGUACAUGAUCUCUUAAGAGAAAAUGCUGAGAAAUUUCAGGAAGAGAAUCAAGAGUUACAUGAAGAAAUAUUUAAAUUACAGGAGCAGGUAACUAAAUUAGAACACGAAGUUGAAAUUGUUACUAAGCAUUCUGAGCUGUCUGAGACUGUUCCUAGAGAUAGAUACGAAGAGUUGUUAAAGGAACUGAAUGAUCUGAAAGACAGUAGAAACUCCAAUCACCAGCAUGUUGAUGAAAUCAAUAUUGAUGAUAACGCUAAGAGUGUCAUCGAAACAUUGAAAAGAGAGUUGCAUGAAGUGAAACAUAGAUUAGCUCAAAAAGAAAGUGACGCACAAUCUGAUAACAAAGUAAUUAAAUCUGAAAAGAUAAUGCAGUUUUAUAAUAAAUACGUGAACUUUGAAAUUCCUGUAGAUUAUCUCGGAGAAGUGCCAUCGAGUGGCGAAAAUAUAGUGGUAUUCAAAUUAGAAAGUGUUUUCAAAACACUGAAUUCUUUUAAGAAGGACAUUGAUAAGCUAAACCAUAAGCUGUCUGAGAAGAAACUUAACAUCGACCAUAUGCAGACACAGAUAGAUGAUUUAACAACAGAAAAUGACUUCUUAACCAAUGACUUACAUCACACUGAGAGAGAAUUGGAAGAAAUGAAAAAGAAUAAUGACUUUUUGAUAUCAGAAAUUGCGGCCUUAAAGAAUACGUCCAAACUAGAACCUAUAAUAGAAACGCAUGAAGAUAACUUAGCAAAACUAGAGACAGAAUUAGCAGACUCAAAUAAAUUAAAUAAGAAUUUCGAGUCUAAAAUACAACGAAUAGAAAAAGAACUAGAGGCAGUUAAACACGAAAAGGUUUUGCUGCAAACAAGCUUAGCUGACUUAAAAGAGAAAUACACGUUGAUGCUUAGUGAAUUAGACAUGUUCAAAGCUAAAACAAAGGAUGUGGAAGACUUGGAAAAGACUGUCAAUAUUGCAAGUGAAGAAAUGGUUAAAAACUGCACACAUGAAAUUCAUGAAUUGAAAAAACGGCUCAAUGCUUCUAAUGCUAAAAACGAACAAUUGUCAAUAGACGUGCAUAUUGCAGAAAAUGACAAGGUAUUACUUACGCAAGAAAUUGACAAUCUUAAGCAAAGUCUUAAACAUGAUGCACAGAGUUCGUCCAAAUCUAAAGACGAUCAUGAUGGAAGGUUACCAGAGGUUGUUGAAGAUAGUUUAGAACCACAAGCUAGAGCUGCUAGUAUUAAUUUAUUGGAAACGAGUACAAAAUACAAAAAUAUCACCACAGCAUUGAAAGAAGUUGAAGAAAUAAAAUUAGAAAAAGCACAAGUUCAAGCGCAAUUAGAUAUAGCAAAGGAUGAAAAUACACUAUUAAAGGAAAGUAUUAGCCAACUUAAUACGGCACUUGAUCACAUUAGGGAGCAAGAACGAAACUUGCUUAUUCAAAUAGACGAUUUAAAUAAAUCAAGACAAGCAGUACUUGAUAAGGAACAGGUGCUUCAAGGAACUAUUGAAAAGUUGAAUGACAAGGUAGCAACGCAAGAAAUAUUAACUAUGGAGAUAGGAAAACUGAAAGAAGAAAAUAUACAUUUGACUCAAAUGAGAGUUCACCUGGAAGCAGAGUUGUUAUCUACAGAUGCGAAAAUCACACAAUUAAAUCAAGAAUUUGAAAAAGUGCUAUGCAAUGUCAAUGAAAAAGAUAGUCUUAUAGACGCUCUAAAUACUACUAUAACUGAAAAUAACUCUAAAAUAAUUUAUUUAAAAGAAAUAGUGUCAGAAUUAGAAAAUAAUUUGGUGUCUAAAAACAAUGAAAUCAUUAAACUACAAAAAUCUCUCGAAGAUGUUACUCAAGUAUUAAAUCAAACUAACCAGCAAUCGAAUCAAAGUAUAGAGGCGAUUUUACUGGAAAAAGAAUCUCUGAAGCAACAGCUUUUUGAGCAUAAUGUUGAGCUUAAAAAUAAAACAGACGAAAUUUCUGCUUUAAACAAUACAAUUUCAGAAGUUGAAAGAAAUCGUUCUGAAUUCAAAAUAUUAGCUGAUGAGAAAGACAAGGAAAUCAAAGAACUACGUCAAAGUAUAGUUGAAAUUAGUGACAAACUGAAAAACGUUGACCAUACAACAAAUGCUGAUGAUUACGCCAUAUUACUUAAAGAAAAAGAAGCCAUACAAAACCAAGUUGUAGAUCUACAAAAUAAUAUCACUGUUAAGCAGGAGGAACUAAAUGAAAUUAAAGCAAAACAUGACCUGAUGGAAAAAGCUUGUAUCGAAUACAAAGUUUUAGUAGAAAACACAACAGCCGAAAAGGCAGAGCUAAUAAAUCUAGUUAAUUUAAAACACAAUGAAAGUUUGCAGUACCACAAUGAAAUACAAAGACUAAAUCAUGUCCUUUUAGAACAGAAUACUGAAAUGAAAAAGUUUAUUGAAGAAAAGAAUCAACAAAUGCAAAAUGACGAAACAUGUCCAACUUGCGAGAAUUUAAGAAUGACUCUUCGAGAAAAGGAUGAAAUAAUAAAAACUCUCAAUCAAAAUAAUAGUGUGUUCGAGAAGCAUAAGGCUGAUUUAUUGAAUGCGAAUGAAAGUUUGAGGAUGUUAACAGAGAAAUGUGACGGUUUGGAGAAAAAUCUUCAGAUUCAGCUGGAGAAUGUAAAGACAUUGGCAGCAGAAAAGAUACAGCUGUCAGAGCAACAUGACAACGCCACCCGCGAACUGGAGCGACUACGUCGCCAUCUCGUCGAGAUGGAAGACAACUAUACACAAGAACUGAUGACCUCCGAACAGAAACUGACGGAAUGUCAAGCGAGGUUGCAACAUGUAGAGGAAAGAGCUAAGCAGAGCAGCACGGUUUAUACUAGUAAUAGCAUUCGAGCCAAUCAAGAAGUAGAAACGCUGCGUAACCAAAUCAAACUGCUUGAGAAGCAACGAGAGGAAGUCCAGGCCAGACUCGGAGAAGCUGAAGAUGCGAGAGGACGGAGUGAGGCUGCGCUCACCAACUUGCAAGUUGUCUUGGAACAGUUCCAAUUGGACAAAGAACGCGACAUCCAUACCGCCACUGAAAAAAUAAGAAACAAAAUGGAGGACCUGAAAAAAGAAAAUGACGGACUGCAGAAAGGGAUAGAAAAACUCAACGUGAAACUGCAGGAAUCUCUAGCUGGUCUCCAAGCUGCUACAAGACUUGGGGAUCAACUGGAAACAAAAACAGCUCAAAUCAAUGAUUUGAAAGAACAAGUUAAAACCCUACAGACGUCGGUCGGCGCGGCCGAAGAGAGAUACUACAAAGCCAUAUCUAACCAGCAAGACAAAGUGGACAAGAAUUUAGUCAAGAACCUAGUGCUAAACUUCGUGCUUACUGCGGGGAACAAUACUAACAAGACUCAAAUACUGCGGGUGCUGUCAACAGUGCUAGACUUCAACCAGCAAGAAUGCCGGAAGCUAGGCCUAGAAAAGGCACCCCCUGCGGACAGCCUCGCUGCCGAAUUUGUCAAAUUCUUACAGGACGAGAGCAAGCCCCGGGCGCCGUUACCAAGCAUGAUGGGUCUCACCAGGAGUAAUACGCCCAGCUCCAGGAAAAGCUCUACCAUAGGUCCAUCCCCCAUCCCCUCCGAAGUCCUGGGCCACAAGCGGAACCCCUCCACCGGCUCCAACAAUCUCCUCUUCCAAAACAUAGACAACGUGGAGACCACCUCGCAGAUAUCCAUUGAGUCUGACCAUCGAGUCUCCACUAUUAUGGACACGGGAGUUAACCAGACGAGGAAUACGCAGGGCGCCAUUUUGAAACACGUUUUGAAGGAUAUGUAAAUAUAUAUCAGAUUGUUAAAAUAUCAAACGUUGUCUAUAAUCGUGACUGAUAAAGAAUGCCUCAUUGGCAUUAAGUUCGCCUUUUGUACAUUACGUUUUUCAUUUCUGCAAUAAAAACUAAAUAAAUAUAAUCAAAGUUAAUCAAAUAUUUAAAUCAACUGUCAACUCUUACAAAACAUAGACAACGUGUAGACCACCUCCCAGAUAUCCAUAGAGUCUGACCAUCGAGUCUCCACUAGUAUGGACACGGGAGAUUACCAGACGAGGAAUACAGAGGCCGCCAUUUUGAAUCGGCCUUGUCAUUUAAUUUAAAAGACGUUUAUACAACAAGACAUUUAGCUAUAGAAACACAAAAAACGUUAUCGAAGUCAAAUGGAUACAUUACAUUAAACUCUAUUUUACCCGACGACAACAAAGCAAAAAAAGGGUUAUGAUUUUACCCAGCAUAUUUAUACUUAUCUUAAAUAUUAAAAUGAUAGUCCGAUUGACCAAUCUACUACGAAAUCUCUAUAAUCCAAGAGGUAUAUUCAGAUAAUAAUUUCUUGUUAUCAAACUGUUAUGGAUAUAAUCUGAAAGCUGACAGAUCAUAUCGAUAACCUUUUAAUAACAAGAAAUGACUGUCUGAAUUGCCCUUUAAUUGUCAUUUUAGUACAAAACCGGAUAGAUCAGACAAUCUAACUGUCACUUUAGUAUCUGGCAUAUAAAAACAGUUUUGGUGUCAUGAUUAAAUUAAUAUAGUAUUAUUAAUCAGCGCUUUUCUACAAAUAAUUCUUAUCACAUUUGUACUAUAGUGAAUCUGUAAAAUAUUUAGCAUUUAUUUAACUUCGAGUUCAAUUUAAGUAUGUUCAAAUAAAUAAGUAUCUAAGUAGAUAGCUGAAGAAAUAUCUGAGCUACCAAGGUGCUCAAAAAUAUCUUUACACCCGUUCUGUAUCAGUUAUAUCAGAACAGACUUAGUAGCGCAGAUAUUUUUUCGGCUGACUAUAUUCUGUAUAUGUUUUAGUACAUUUAGUGCCUUAUUUAGAAAGAUUUUAGCAAUAGUAGUCAUAUUUACUUCUUUUAAACAUAUUUUUGGGGUGAUACAAUUUUAUUUCGCAAUUUUUACCUUUUAAGCACUAAUGAUGCUAAAAGUGCAUGAAACUGAUUAAAAUAGAAGUUUUACUCCAUUUAAUAAUGCAAUGUUAACCCUUUUAAUACCAUACACGUUACAUUUACCCACUAGAAGGAGUGAUGUUGGAAUCUGAUUGACACUUAUAUGUGUAACGCAGUGAUAGGGUUACAAAUGUAUAUCAAGCAGAUGUAGUACUUAAUUAUAUUACAUAAUUAUAUUUCAUGGUAUUUUCACAAAAACGUACGAACGUCGCUCUUGCUAUUUCAGUCAGUUUCGGACCAAAGGUACUGAGGUUGACUGAAGUAGCAUGACAAAUACGAACUUUUCCGAGAAAAUACGAUGGAAACAAUUAUGUACUAAGUACAUCUGUACGUAGUGUUAUGUUAGCUUGUAAUAUAAAAUAAUUUUAAAUUCUUCAGUUUCGCCUGUAUUUUGUUCAAAUUAGUUAAUCAUACGCCUGUAUAAUAAUCAUUUUUAGUUUCUAGUUAGUUUUGUAUAACUUAUGUUAUACACUAAAUCUAAUAGGUUAUGUGAAUCAUCAAAUAUAUGACGUUUUGAGCGGUUUUAGUGCUUUGCCUCUUCAAGUAUAAAUAGUCGUAUAUUAUACUGACAUAACUACAAAUUGGUUUCUUUAAAAAUAAAUUAUCUUAGUUUUUGGGUUGUUUUGCUAGAAAAUCGGAUAUUUUAUACUAUGCAGAAUGUGCGAAAAAUAAAUUAACGCAUUAAUGCUAGUUUUCGCACUUUAUUGUAAGAUCCCUUUUUUCAGCAAACUACAUUACUUACUUAUUAUUUUAUUUUAUGUCAAUUUUAAAUUUCAUUUUGGAAAUAAUUUCUUGUUAAAUUUGUAUUCGUGUAUAUUGAUUUUGCACGUUAAUUCAGUGGCAAUAAAAUUGAAAAUAAUAGUUAUGUUGUAUGUGACGCCUGAUGUAAUAAUGUAAAUUUAAAUUGUGAAUAUGUUAAUAUUUGUAUUAAUUAAUUAUAUUGGUUUAUCGCAGCAAUAUAUGAAUGCGUUUUAA